AUGUCUAUGCAACUUUUUCUUAGUGCUGUAUUUCUUUCCGUGGUUUUGGCUCAUCCUCCAAAAUGUUUCCUGCCAUUGUCCUCCGGAACUAACAAAAACUGUGAGAAUGCUCCUUCCCAAAAAUAUCAUUAUGAUCCAAAACUGAACCAAUGUCAUGCAUUCCAAUAUAAAGGAUGUGGUGGUACUUUGAAUAACUAUGAAACGCCUAAGGAUUGUGAGGAGGCGUGUUAUAUUGAUCCAAAAACUUAUAUCCAGUGUCCUCUUGGAACUCGAACGGUAUUUGAUAGCAAGAACAACAACAUUUGUCCAAUUGAUUCGAAGGACGGGGAAGGUUGCGAAAGUCCAGAUGCAAUUUGUACCAAUUUCACAGCAAUGGCACUCUGCUGCAAUAGAACUGUUACCAUCGGGUAUGAAGAGGAUAAGUCUUCCAUGUGUCCAUCUAGAAAAGCUCGUUGGCAAAUCGAUGGAGUCGUAGUUCUGGCAAAGUCAUGUGGUGCAGUAGUGUGUCCAAGUGGAUACAGUUGCAAAGAUGGAAACUUUUUUUCGUAUUGUUGUGAGAACUGA